UCACAAUUUACUGGCUUGUAUAAAGUUUAUCUGAGACUCGAAUGUGAUUUUGCAUAACCUCUGUGUAUAAUGACGACUUUAUUAGGUUUUUCGAAACUUUUUAAUUACACGGCGAGUAAUUGUUUGAAGAGAGUAGGACCGGCCGCGAUUUUCAAGCAACUUUAUCCCGCAUUAAGAUUAUGGGAGAUACCAAUAGUAGAAUAUCGUAAAGUAGUACCAGCAAAGGACAGACGUUACUAUCUGCAGCCAAGAACAAAAUGGAUGAAGCCUCUUCCAGAUCAGGAAACAGAAAUACAGGAAUGGGAUGAUGAGAAAGAACAAAUAUGCAGUGAUGUGACAAAUGAGAUCAACAACCUAAUCACAACAAAUAGGACUGGUCGUAUGUUCGCAGUCAUACAAAUAUGUGGAAAGCAAUAUAAAGUAACAGAGAACGACAUUAUAGUCAUUCAGGGAUUCUGGCCACCGAAUAUAGGCGAACGUAUGAAGCUGGAAAAAGUGCUGCUUGUUGGAAGUACCGACUUUACUCUCGUGGGAAGACCAAUCCUGAACCGAGAAUUGGUCUCAGUCGACGUGACUGUCAUCGAAAAGACUUUAUCUCACACGAUAACACGCUUUAGGUUCAUGCCGAGGAAAAAGUAUCGUCGCAUAAAUUUUUACAAAGUACAGCAUACGAUGCUGCGUAUCAACUCUAUAACAGUCAAUGGAAAGAUCGAUGAGAAAAAAGAAGUAGAAGGAUUAGACAGAGUGUAUUAACAGUUUAUAAUAUAUAUAUCAAUAAGGAACACAUACAGAGAUGUGUAUAUCAUCUAUCGUAUUGAAGAAGAAUGUAAUAGUUUGGUUGUUAUCAAAUGAUAAUUUACAUUCUUUAUUUCUCUUUUA